AUGUUCUCUCCAUCACAGCACGAAGGCGGUCCUGCCACUGCGACGAGGAGCCGUCGCAGACAGCGACCUCUGAGCUCCGACAAUCUGGUCCAGGCUCCCAAGGCCAAACGCCAGCGCCUACCACUUACGGAACAGACCUUCCAAAACCCCGACGCGAACGCAGCCCCAGCUGCCCCGGAGACCUAUGAAGUCAAGGCCGACAAGCCUGCGCAUUUCGACGCCAGGCAGGAUGGCUUCGGAUUCGAGAGCAACCCAUUCCCUAAGAAGGAGCUGAGCGUUCGCGCCAAGAAGCCCAAAGCUGCCGAUCGCGCGACCAAAGGAGACGGAAGUGUCAUUCUGACAACAAACAAUGCGUACACCGUCAGCAAGCUGCCCGCUUUGCCUGACCGCAUUCGAGUUGACGCGACAGGUAAGGACAGCGCAAAGACAACUUCCAGAAAUAACCACGUGGCUGACGUCGAAGUAGGUCAACAACAUGGCGACAUCUUCUCCAGUGGCUACGCCAUGAGUUUGAAUCACACGCACGCCAUCGUAUGGCCCUAUACCACUCCAACACAAUCCCCCGAAACCUUCACAUUCACGCUCCCUUAUCCAUCCAAGCAUGCAACCGAGCCGCUGCCGCUUGGAUCGCUCGUGUCGCCUUCUGCAUCGUCUACUGAGCCUGGAUUGGUUGUGGUCAUGCCUGUCAGCGGAAGGAUUACAUACUGGGAAUCGAUAUCGAGCGCUGCGACCCUAGAUUUCAUUCGACAGCAGCGACAUGGUGUCGAGGGGUCCAUCCCGGGCAUGUCAUCGGGAGAAAGAGUCAUCCAAAUCACCAACGCUGAGUCCGCAGGCUUUAUUCUGGCUUUUACCAGUGGCAGGCUGGCCUACAUGAGCGUCCGCGACACACAUGGCAGGCCCUUGGUCUCCGUCCAAUUCUUGCGGACAAGCCUUGCUUCUAGCACAGGAGGCAUCUUCGGCAGCAUCCGCCAUGCCUUCACGCAGCCGCAAGGCCGUGGCGACAUCGCAGCCGUCCGCGCGGAACGACACAUGCAGCCAGGCGAGCGAAAUAUUGUCGCAGCCACGUUGAAAGGAAGACUCCACGCUUGGAAGAUUCACAGGGGAGGAAAUCAUGACACCGUGGCGGAGGCCGAUAUCCGUGAGGAUGUCAUCAACGCCAUCCGAGAGGUUGACCCUCUAAGCGAGGAUUACCACCAAGACACGUUCGAGGUGCUCGAUUUUGCCUACGUUCCAAGGGAUAUGGAGGAAAAGUACCAAGACCUGAGCAGGCUCAGCAACGCGUUGGCGUCGAAAGACCGCGACCUGCAGCACCUGCUUCUUCUCGUGAGUCUGACCAAGAAGAAGGAAUCUCACUAUUCCCUAGUCGAGGUCAUCCUGUCGCCGAAGAGCGCAAGCAUCGGUAUGGUCCGGCCAAUCUCCUCUUUCAAGACCCGCUUCGCCCCUGUCAACCCAGCUCAGGCCACCAGACCUCGUCUUUAUCUCCCAAGGCCAGCUCUUGUCGCAUUUUUAGUGUUCGACAAGGCCGUCGUGGUGGCAUCCAUUGGGUGCCCGCCUGAGUCACCAGACUCGCAGCUGCAAGAAGACAACCAUAUUAUUCCUCCAACCUACGAAGACGUCAUCAGUUUGAGUGACAACAAUCUGGCCGAGAUUGUUGGCUCUGGGUACGAGGAACCACUCGCAGCCGGUAAAUUACAUGAGGACACAAAGACCCACCGUCACAAGACCAAGAAUCCAGCGACCGUGUUGAUGGUACGCGGCACAGGCAUUAUUCGUUUGACCACGACGGAAAUCGACAGAUUCGCCAGCGACCAACCACCCAAGGUCAACGCCAAGAGCAAGCUCGAGCAGGCCGUCUUUUUCGGCAACAAGCAGGACACCCCCCUCAACUUUGACGGUCGCCGCGGAGUCCAAUUUCCUGAUACUGAGAUGGCCGAAGCUGCUGUAGAACUGAGCCAAGAAAUCCUUGGCUCUUCUUCGCCUCAUAUUUCCACCGCGCCCGCGUCGCUCGAAGAGCACCUUAAGAGCCGGACGCUUGCCCUCGAGAGGCUGAUGUUCCACUUGAAAGUUCUCAAAGUCAACCUGGAUCGAUCAACGAGGUGGAAACUCUUGGCAGCCGCAGAGAAGAUGUUCGUAUCAUCACUUCUAUGGAAACUACACGAAACGUUUACCCAGGAGCGCGCACCCAACGACAAGAAGGACAUCAUGGCGGAGAUUGUCGAAUUCAUCCACAACUCUCAGAAGAAAGUACCUAAUCGAAGUGCUGGGGAGGUUGACCGUGUCCGACACUGGUUCGUUCACGAUAUCGAGAAGAUGGAGACCUUUGUGGCCUGGGGGUACGAGGUUAUCAAGUACAUGUACAAGGACCACAUUCUCGACGACAUACGAAUCACCCGCCUGAUCCAUGAGGCUAUCCAACUCAACCUCGUAUCUCUGCGUAUGGCGUUACAAUACCGGAAAGACAAGCUUGCCUUCUACGGGCUCCAGGAGGAGGACAUGGAACAUGGCAUCCUACGAACUAUGGAUGACAGCCUCCCCGAGUUCUGGACCGGGUCACGCCACAUCGCGAACAACCUGCGACGUCUCGUCGAACUGAGCCACACCUGGCUUGAUCAGUACUACCCUGCGAAGGACAAGCCGAAGCAACCGGAUCCAAAGCUCAUGGAACGUAUCAACACUGAGAUGGCACCCCUGACAGAUUGUUACCUCGUCGCUCUGCUCGAGCAGUGUCGCUGGAGCGCUACCCAGCACGAUUCCAAGAUGAUUCAAUUAUCGGAGCAAUUCAACAAAAUUUACGAUGUCGAUCAAAACGACAAGAUCCUGGCGCUGCUUCGUCUCGGCAAGUGGGAUGAAAGCACAAGCAUCGCUGAGAAACAUCGAUCGUGGAAGGCUCUUGCUGUAUCGUUGAUUGAGCAGAUCCAUGGACUACGGAAGGAAAUCGACCUGACGGCCUCGGCCGCAGACAUCCCCGCUCUUCGAUCUAAAGCGGAGCGGAAGGAGGCACAGAUUGGAGUGUACUUUGACAAGUACGGCGAGGCUUUCGCCUUUCCCACGUACGACAUCCUACUCGAAAGCGAUAGUGUGCAAUCCGUUCUCGACUUUGCCUACGACAAGCAUGGGUACAAGACCAAGUUUCUCAGACAGAAGCCCGAGCUCGCGAGGAUAUCUUGGAUCAACGACAUUCAGGAGGAGAAGGACAUUGACCAUGCGGCGGAGACUCUGCUGGAUCUAGGCCUGAGCCGAGAGCAGCAGGUGUGGAAUAAGAAGAUCGAGCUCAGUCUGGGCAAACUAGCCCUGAUGGCAGAAGCAGAGCAGCCUUCUGAGUCCUCGCCAGGGCUAUUCGGGUCGAGGCGCGUCAAUAAACUCACCGUUGCCAAGGACGAGGCCAAGCAAGAAGAACAACUCGACGAAAUCGACAACGAGCUAGCCAUCAUCCAGAUCCAGGACGACCUAUAUAAGCAGAUCUACCCAAGCGCCAGUGUAGCCGUGGAUGACUCUGCGGCCCUCGACCUUGCCAUGGAGAGCCACGCGACGAACAUUCCGCGAAAGCAAAAGGCUCUGAACCAGAUUUUCGAGAAUGGCAUGAGGCGGCUCCUUAAGCACGAAGCCCUCGACGCCAUGACGCUCAUUGAUAUGCUCACCUUGGUCGCGCUCAAGCCUGAAACAGCCAGCGAAAUGCAGGAUCCUUUCUACCUCGCCUUGCAGGUUGCAGACCACGGCUUGAAGAGCGAGGAGCUCAAGAUGGCCAAGCGUCUCAUCUGGAGGCGAUGCUACAUCAGGGAUGACUGGAUGAAGCUCAACGACACCCAGCUCAAGGACGAUGCUCAGGUCCAGGAAGCACUUGGCGAGACGGCGCUGUUCGGCGCCCUCAUCACGGGCUAUCAUCAUCAAACUCUCGAGACGCCCUUCCACUAUGUCCGUCCAUCUGAGGCGCUCGGUGCCUUUGUCGACGGCCCCGAUCGUCGUUUCCACGACAUGGACAAGCCAUUCCGAGAGAAGCUUGUCCAGAACUCGAAGGAGGAGGACACGCUGCUUCGCAAGUACAUUGACAAGGCGCGCCUGGAGAAAUGGGCGAGGUCCACGGCCGAGACGGCCGAGACAGAGGUUGCGGCCUACGCGGACGAGCAGACCAGGGCCGGGGCGGAGCAGACGGAUGGGGACGCAGAGUCGCUCGACGAGACACACAGCAGUCUCCGACUGAACGGCAGCACAAACGGGAUUCACUAA